GUUUUUUCGUGCGCCACUUCUCCUUAGACACCUCUGCGGCUGGUGCGGCAAGCAUUCGGCCAAUGACAUCGGAAAACGAAUGUGUGAGAUCCGCAAACGACGCCGAUUCGAUCCCUGCUCGACCGGAAGUGAUCUCCUGCCUUUCAACGUUGUUUUGAGCUUCUGAACCAUUCACAGAGCUUCAUUGGGUGCCUUGCACCGUUCUGGCAAGAAACUAUGCCGCAGAAUGACGUCCCUGUGGCUGCGUGGCGUUGAGUAAGCUGUGCGGACGGUUUGGGAGACGAUGCGAGGCGACGAGAAGUUCCCCUCUCACCAGCUGCCCCAGAAGCGCACCCAUCCAGCCUCAGAGGGGGAGGGCAACUCCCACGGCGGCAGUGCCUCAGGGGGUGCCUAUCCGCUGCCCGCCCCCUACAGGACGUUUCUGCUUGACAACGGCGUGGAUCCUGACGUCUAUCUGGCGCCUGAGCCUCCCAGGUAAAUGGCAGCAAUGCACCCUUGGCAAAUGUCGUGUUUGACAUGCUGCAUUAUGUUUGUGGGCGCUGGUUGGCUGUGUCGUCUGUCUGCAGGUACAUUCGAACGAAUCCCCGACGUUUCGAUUCGGCAGAUCCGUCGGCCCGCACAAAGCUCGAGCAGGAACUGGGUGGGUGAGCCGUUGAGUCACAUAGAUGGUGGAUUCUCCUCUGUCCGGCUGCAGUCUCCACUACUUGGUUGCUUGCCUGUCAGGUCAUUCACUCGAGCCGGUGCGGUGGCUGGAUCCGCCAACGUCCCCCUCUCUCUCUCCCGGUGCCGCGUCGGGCUCGUCUGUGUGGUCGUGUCUUUACAGUCUGCCCAACAGUGUCAAGAUAGCGGGAAGCCAGGCGUACAAGAGCGGUCAGAUCUACGGCAUCGAUGCGGCAUCGGCCGCUGCCGUCAGGGCACUCGAAUGCAGACCUGGUCAGGCCUCAGAGAGAGCUCGACCACGUCAGGCAGAGAGAGCUCGACCAUGCAAGGAGAGUGCAGGGGUUGCUGUGUUGUGUGUGGUGCGCAGGUGACCGUGUGCUUGACAUAUGUUGCGCGCCGGGGGCCAAAUUGUGUGAGGAAGGCAGCGACCAAAAGGACGCCCAGCUCAUCUGUGGACAUACAUCUUGUGUCGUUUCUGUCGCUCCGCUUCCCUUCCCUCAGGCAUGAUAUGCGAUGAGAUGAACCUCGAGGGUCUCGUCGUCGGCAUCGUGGGCACAUCAAUGCAGGACUAUCACCACACCAUGGGUGUCUGUCUGUCUGUGUGUGUGUGUAGGAUUUGUCCAAGCAUCGGUUGGCGGCCUGCAAGACGCUGGUCAAAAAGUACGGCAUCACCAAUGCCGACCUCGUCGAGGCCGACGCUACCACAUGGACACCACACGACGACACAGCACAGCCACCGACACAGCAGCAGGUGGACACACCACCAGCGGCGUUGGCUGAGCCGCCGGAAUCGCUAAAGUUCGACAGGGUCAUUGUGGACGUAAGCUGGGCUGAGUGGCCAAGAUCCCAUCUGUUGACGCCUACCAACACGCGUUGUGUGGGGUGCGUCUACACAGGCUGAGUGCACCCAUGACGGGUCGUUCAAGCACCUCAGCAAGUUCCAGCACCAAUGGGGGUGGGAGGUGGGUGCGUCAGGCAGCUUGCCAACACACGAUGGAUGGAUGGACGGAUGGAUGGACGGAUGGAUGGACGCCCACACAAUAAGUAUCAUUCAUUCUCUUUUUUCCUUGCCACUCACUGGUGGAUCGAUGUGCUACAGACGUUCGCCAAGCGUGUGCUGGACCCCGUCCGCAUCUCCACCCUGACGUCGCUGCAACAGAGGCUGCUGCUCAAUGGCUUCCGACUGCUUAAGCAAGGUGGGGUACUGGUUUACUCGACAUGCAGCUUCUGCGUGAGCCAGAACGAGGCCAUCGUCGAGUCGCUGCUCAAAAGGUACCCCGAUGCCGCCAGGCUCGACCCCCUCCCAUUCGGCCUGGUACGCCUGGCCGGCCACACCCACACUUCCCCUACCCAUGGCACCCACACUUCCCCUACCCAUGGUAUGUGUGAAUGUGGAUUUGUUGGCUUCAGGAGGGCCCUCCCUGCCGGACCUCAUCAGCAGAUAAACAACCAACAGACGACCCGGCAGAAAUGGCACCAUCGCCAGCGCCCCGUUGUACCCCCUCUAGACUGACCGUGCCGGCCCGGCCCAGCCUGCUGGAGGCUGACGGGCCGGCGGGGUCAGAUGGGAGGCACUGCACCGCCCGAUUCGACCCCAAGCUGAGCCACACGGGGGGACUCUUCAUUGCCAGGCUGACCAAAACUAAGGCUAUAGAGCCGCUGGUGGUGCUGCCGACACACGAGGGGACCAGUGAGUGUGUCAAGGAUGAGAUGGUUAUCAAGCAGGAGCCGCAAGACAGCGGACCAGCACCCCCCCCUGAGGCAGCAACCCCUGUGGAUGUGCACUUGCCGAUCAAGAGGGAGGGUGAACAGGCUGACGGGUGAGUGAGUGGCUGGGAGGGGUCCGCGUGUCUGUGCACUGGGGGAUAUGUACGCUCUUUCUGUCGUUGUCGUUUUGCGCUGAACGAAAGCCAUGCAAGUGUUUUGCUCUCGCCGGCGAUGGAUAGACUGCACACACACAUUGAUGCCCACGACAUGAGAAAGUGAACGCCCAUCCGUGCGUCAUAUAGAGCAACCAGCAGCCGUAUCUAUCUACGAUGUUCGUGCGUACACAUGAAGGAGACACGUGUCUGUGUGUCCUACAUGAUCUGUGACUUGGUUCGGUCGCAAGAAAGGCAGACAAGGGCGGAAAACAGUUUGUCACCUGAUCAACC